AUGUCCAAGGAAAAGCGACCUGCGCACGAAGCAUUCGGCACCAGUCAGCUGGUUAAGCGCACAAAGUCGGACGCGAACCUCGCGGGAAGCUCUGCUGUAGCUGUAGUGAAUGGUUCGCGCGCAAAUGGCGCCCUCAUCCAAGCGGAGUCGCGUACCAGCGCGCUGCAGUCGCCCGUCAUGGAGCUGACAGGCCAUUCUGGUGAAGUCUUCGCAGCCCGAUUCGACCCAACCGGACAGUACAUAGCUUCUGGAUCCAUGGACCGGUCAAUAUUACUUUGGCGCAGUUCUGGGUCUUGCGAGAAUUACGGCAUCCUCACUGGACACAAACAGGCAGUACUAGACCUCCACUGGUCGCGCGACUCCAAGGUCUUAUUCUCCGCCUCGGCAGACAUGUAUCUAGCAAGUUGGGAUGUAGAGACUGGCGAGAGGAUACGGAGACACCCAGGUCACGAAGAGGUCAUCAACUGCAUGGACGUGAGCAAGCGCGGUGAGGAGAUGCUCGUCAGUGGCUCAGAUGACGGCUAUAUCGGGAUCUGGGACACACGAACCAAGGAUGCGGUAACCUUCAUCCCUACGGAUUUCCCCAUAACGGCCAUAUGCUUGGCCGAAGCCGGCAACGAGCUCUUCACCGGCGGCAUUGACAACGACAUCAAGGUCUGGGACCUUCGGAAACAAGCGGUUACGUACACACUGCUUGGUCACACCGACACCGUCACCUCACUCCAAAUGUCGCCAGACAACCAAACCCUACUUUCCAACGCACAUGAUUCGACGGUACGGACGUGGGAUGUGAGACCUUUUGCGCCUGCGGACCGGCGCAUUCAGACAUACGAUGGAGCGCCGACCGGCCAGGAGCGCAACCUUCUAAAGGCAAGCUGGGACCCCAAGGGCGAGAAGAUUGCAGCGGGAAGUGGAGACCAAAGCGUCGCCAUCUGGGAGACGCGUACAGGAAAGCUUCUAAACAAGUUGCCUGGUCACCGAGGUGCUGUCAACGACGUUCGCUUCCAUCCGCUCGGUGAACCGAUUUUGCUCUCCGCAUCUUCGGAUCGCAAACUCAUGGUAGGAGAGCUAGCCGUACCAUGGCCAACCGCUCCAAAGAAGGCCAGAUCUGACGCACCCACCUACACGAACGCGGUCCGUGACACGCGGAGGAUCGCUGAAGGAGGAGCGACCUGUGUUUCACCCUCAGUGCGAUCUUAG